AUGGCACUGUGCCAGACUAUAUUACCUCAACCGUUGGCAUCGCAGUCCACGCUGAGUAAGUGGGGUGUUUCGGUUUGUACGGUCGAUGGACAACGAAUAUCCUUCGGCGAUUCAAAAACGCCUUUCUGUAUACAGUCAGUCUCCAAGGCUUUCCCACAUGCAAUCGCUGCAUCGGAUCUCGGCGCUGAUUAUGUCCACUCCUAUGUGGGACAGGAGCCAAGCGGACGAUUCUUCAACGAGAUAUGCCUCGACUCUAAAAAUAAGCCACACAAUCCAAUGGUGAACUCGGGUGCCAUCAUUGUCACAGCGCUUAUUAAGAACACCUGGAAUAUGGCCGACCGCUUCGACCAUGUAAUCACGCAGUAUCGAAAAAUAGCUGGCGGAGAAUAUAUAGGUUUCAAUAAUGCUACGUGA